UUCCCACAUGCCGGUGUUUCCGCAAAUCAUUCAUUAGUAUCUGCACCAUGCAAAGCCUCAAAUCUUACUUUCUCUCGGUAUUCUCAAUCUAAACGUAAUGUGAUGUUGGUUCUUAUUGAGAAUAAGCAUACAUGAGUUAUAAUUUUGAGAGUUUUAGCUGGAUUGAUGGAGAAAAGAUGGCUAACAACACCGAUUGUCUGUUUUCGCUAGAAGGUCACAGGUACGUGAUAUCACCGCCGGACAGGACACGGCUGUCCACCAGGAAGUAACAGCAAGUGUCUGUUUGACUGUGUGGAUCUCAUUCAUCCGUGUACUUUCCACGUAUCACGGGGCAGCCGGGUAGUCAUCCCGGGAUUUCCCGCUUGGACAAUUGACACAAAAGCCGCUUUGAAUAGAAGGUCCGCUGAAUUGUGGCCAGCUUAGCCAGGCAUUGUCCGGUCGUGCUGGCUCGACUGCACUGACCAGAACUCGAGUGGUCUUACACAGCAGGGUUUUUUUUCGCGAGUUUACUUCCUCAUCUGAAGAAAAAUCAUGGCGUCUCACGAGUCGCAUUUGGAUCGCUGUGGUUUUUGGAUGAUUAUGAUCUUCGUGUCCUUUCCGAAUUAUGGCGCGUCCCUCGACAUCAUUUCCAAGCCGACACAACAAAGUUCCAGCUCCGGGGCUGAAUUUGGUCCAGAGAAGGCCGUGGAUGGAGACAUUAAUACCAUUACGCAUACUGCAUUUUGGUAUGCUUCUCAGAGGUUCGAACCUUGGUGGCGAUUGGACCUGGAGGCUGUCUACUGCUUGAGGAAAAUAACCAUCGUCAACAGAAUGGACCAACAUGAUAUUCGCUUAGACGGCGCUUUAGUGCGUGCUGGAUUAAAUGUCGAUCGUGUGUCGAACAGGCUGAUAGGAACUGUCGAUUACAGCGAAACCGACGGCGGCAUACGAGUCACCACUGUGGUAGCUGACCCGCUGGUCAGUGCCCGCUACGUGAGCGUGGAUCUUCCCGGAAGCAAUAGAUACCUGCAUAUGGGGGAAGUCAUGGUGGAAGAGUUUAUCGAUGCAGAAGCGCUCGCGUCAACAGCCAUUCCCGUGAAUGGAGCUUUAGCGUCUCAAAGUUCCGCUUUCAGCUACACAGGCGGUGAUCCAUGGGCUGCCGAUCGUGCUGUAGACAGAGUAUUCCAAACUCAAUACGACAACCCUUCUUGCAGUCAGACAGGUAAUGAACAAGGCCCGUGGUGGAAAAUUGACCUGACGACCGAGCAGUGUGUUCAGAAAAUCGUCUUGAAGAGCAGAGACGCAAUAUACCUAAGCGGGAGGUAUCGCUUCGAAGGCGCCGUUGUCCGUGCAGGUCUGAGCAGUGUGCCCACCGAUAACCCAAUGUGUGGAAGUCCACUUACCAGAUACCAAGCUGUAGCCAAUAACUGGAUGGAGUUUGACUGCAAUCCACCUGAUGGACUGACUGCUCGAUACGUCAGCGUCGAUAUUCCAACAACGACGUACCUCCCGGUGUGCGAAAUAUUUGUGCUGCCGUGCGACCUGCCAGCAGCGGACUUUACUUUCGUCGCUAAUCCUGCUCUCGUCAACUCGACUGGAGGCAACGAUGUCGUCCUGACAGCAUACAAAGGUCCCAAUGACAUACCUGCUGGUGUCACAUUUGGCCGUCAGCUGGCAACAGGUGGGACGGUUGGACUUCCUCCAGGAGCAAGCGAAGAAGACGAGCCAUCAUUAGGAUGUGCAGCCAGAUCGCUUCGACUGCCUGCUGAGGAUGGGAGGAACAGGGUCGGUGUCUUCUACUUGGAAGCAACUAGAAGGAGCACCAUGACAAGGAUCCAAAUAAUUCUUUUUCCUAAAGAUGAUGGAAGCAUUCAUUUACGUCCCGUUCAACGCACGCACACUGCAAGUGUCGGAGACUCGGUUCAACUUGAGAUGCGAAAUGUAAAUGCACCAAACACCAACUACAGAUGGCGGCAUGAUGAAGGUGACGUCAUGACAUCUUGGAAUGACCAGCUCAGUGUGUCUAUUGAUGUUGUUGCUGUGAGUGAUGGAGGAGUCUACAGCUGCUUCGCAUCUGACCAGGAGGAUCAGCAACUGCAUGGCAUCACGAGGCUCAUUGUGCGAGGUUGUUCCGACGGAACGUGGGGACCUCCGUCUUGCACGAACACCUGUCGUCGAUGCUACAAUGGAGGAGUGUGUGAUGCCAGCGCCGGAUCCUGUGUCUGUGCUCCGGGUUUCAGUGGCAAACAUUGUGAACAAGUUCAUGGCCGAAAUGUGUUUGGUCAAAACGCUCGGCAUAGAUGCUCCAAUACCACCGAUCCACACGACGAUGCUUGCCGGGGACGUUUGUUUUGUCUUCCUGAUCCUUACGGGUGCUCGUGUGCUGCAGGAUUCACUGGACUAGACUGCAUGCAGGAAUGUGAGGAGGGCAUGUAUGGAGCUGACUGUAAGCAGACAUGUCACUGCGCACUAGGAGAAACCUGCAGUAAGGAUACAGGCGAGUGCAGCAAUGGCGUUUGUGCCUCUUCAUUCUUCGGAAUCAACUGCCAAUGUUCAAGACGGGAGGCUUCGUCAGAUGAAGUGACACCAACCUCGGUCAGCCAACGCAACCUGACUGUUUCCUGGAGUCGGCCACCUUGCGGGUUCCAAGGUGGCACCAUCACCGGAUACCUGUACAAACUCACCCACGUGAGUUCAGGUGCCACGCUGCGACAGACUAACACUACCCAGACGGCUGUUACCGUCGAUGACUUGAUACCGUACACCGAGUAUGGCUUUCAAGUUGCCGCCACAACCAGCACCGGAUUUGGACCUUUCAGUGGAAGUAUUACAAUAAGGACAUUGGAGGCAGAGCCCACGGCUCCUUUAAAUGUCGCCAUUCGUAGCGCUGACGCCGAUUCCUUCACGGUGGAAUGGACGGCGCCUGCCCCUCCACAUGGGAACAUCACCAACUAUGACAUCGCCUACUGGACAACUGGGAAUAUGUCCACGCGAGUACAACAGGAUGAUAUUGGAACAGCCCAGUUAUUGUAUCAGAUAAUCAACCUUGAUUUUAAUGUUACUUACUCAAUAGAGGUGCGAGCUAAGACGUCCGUAGGCGCAGGCCCGUGGAGUGCCGUUAUCACUGCGACCGUAGUAGGAGUUCCUGGACUUAUUCGCAAUCUCCGCUUGUCAGAUGCAACUGAAGUAUCACUCACCAUGGACUGGGAUCCACCACUUAACCUCAAUGGGCCGAGCGUCACAUAUGUCGUGGAGUAUAAGACAUUGGAGAAACCAUAUCAAGCGGGUUUUACUGCGGAGGAUGCCUACAUCCAAACUGAAGCGGAUAGUGCACCUUUCACAAGAGAUGGUCUCGAGCCGGGAACAAAAUAUGAGCUCAAAGUUUCAGCAAAGAACCAAAGAUUCACAGGAAAUCCAACCGUGCUGUUGGCGUACACUGUAGCACAAAGAGAUCCUCCAGCGCCAUCAACCCCGACCAUGAACGAUGACGACGUUACAGAGACCACGGUGACGAUCGGUUUGGCCUCGGUACUGCCUCAAAGUGACACCUACAUUGAAUCUUACGUUGUUGAGGUCAAAAAGUCUGUCAAAGUGACAAGAAGGGACGCCUUGAUGCGGAGACAUUUUGAGGAUUCACCUGACGAUUACAUCGCCGCUGAGAUCUCUAAAAGCAUGGUGUCUGACACAUUCGUGGUUGGUGACUCCAAGGUCUAUGGGAGUUACUUCAAUGCCCCAUUGCAGGCAAACAGAGUUUACGACAUUCGCGUUGGUUCGGUCAGCCGGGGGAACGGGACGGAAGCCUCGGUGACAUUUUCGGAGCCUCUCACGGUGUCAGUCUCGUCCCAAGAAACCAACUCAUCAGCAGGACUGGCUGCAGGAUUGGUCGUUAUGGUUUUGGUUCUCGUCAUUGCUGUUGGGGGCGUCAUAGUUGUCUACAAAAGAAGAAGAACCAAACGGACGAAACAUGCAUCAAAGAAAAACGGAGUGACAACGCCCUCUGCAGAACACCAACAUGCACGGAAUACUGGAGUUGUCAUCCAAGAUGAGGUGGCUGGAAGUGCAACAAAUACAUACAUGAAUCUUGGUGACCUGCGUCGAAGUAGUCCCCCUACACCUGCACCAGAAGCAACACAAUCACAAACGACGCAACCACGAAAGGUGCAACCACAACCGACGCAACAAGAAACGACGCAACCAGAAUCAUCGACGCCACCAAAAACGACGCAACCAGAAACGCCGCCAAUACAACACAAGCCUUUUAAUGAGCCUCCGCCAGUUCGCAUUGACGAGCUUGCGGACUACAUUACUGAAAAAGAAUCCGCUGGAGAAAAGGGAUUCAAAGCUGACUAUAAGACGCUUCCAGAUGGUCAGCUACACCCGUGGACUGUGGCGAGGAAGCCGGAAAACAAACAGAGGAACCGGUUCGCCAACGUCAUCGCCUAUGAUCAUUCACGUGUUGUGCUGAUGCCUGUAGAGGACGACCCUCAUUCGGAUUACAUAAAUGCAUGCUACAUAGACGGAUAUGGAGAAACGGACAAGUACAUCGCAAGCCAAGGUCCGAAUAAGGCGUCCUUGAAAGACAUUUGGCGGAUGGUGUGGCAGAUGAACGUGGAUACGAUUGUCAUGCUAACGAAUCCAGUAGAAAAUGGAAAGGUCAAGUGUUUACAAUAUUGGCCGGAUACUGGAGCUACUACGUUCGCUAACAUCACAGUGACAAUCCUCAACGAACAGGUGUUUCUGGACUUCACGAUCCGCCAAUUACAAAUAAAUCAGAUCGACAAUGAAGAUGACUGUCGUAUGGUGAAGCAGUUCCACUACACCACCUGGCCAGACAUGAAACCCCCUGAAUAUCCCGCACCGUUGCUCAACUUCAUGCGAGUGGUGAACGCUGAACACAACGAGGGACGAACCCUCAUACACUGCAGUGCCGGCGUUGGUCGCACAGGGACGUACAUCUGCCUGGAGUCCAUGCUUGAACAGAUGAAACAGGAAGGACAAGUCAAUGUUCUUGGCUUUAUCCAUCGCAUGAGACAAAAACGCAUCAUGAUGGUACAAACUCCGGAGCAAUACAAAUUUCUCUUCGACGCCCUUCUUGCGUCCUCUAUGACUGGCGAGACUACCCACGAUAUGGCAACCUUCCGUCGACAGCUGACUGCUCUGAAAAAGACGGAACCUGGUUCCCAGGAAACUGGCAUGGAGAAACAAUUCAAGGCCUUGAGUAAACUACGAGUAAGUCGUAGCAAUGAGAGCGCCAAGGCCGGAAAGCUUCCUGAAAAUGUGGAAAAGAACAGAUUUCCCGAUUUCUUUCCAGCUGAUCGAGCGAGGCCGUUCCUGAUGACCAAUACCAAAGAAGAUGAUAACAACUACAUCAACGCAAGCUAUGUGCCGGGCUAUCGCAAGAAGGACAGGUAUAUCGCGACCCAGAUGCCGAUGCCCAACACCACUGCCGACAUUUGGCGUCUGGUGUACGACCAGAAAGCGACUUGUAUCGUCAUGCUGAACCCUUUGGAUGAAGACGAUAAGAGCAUGUGUCGUUACUGGCCAGAGGAGGGACCUAUCGAGUUUGGACCGCUGGUUGUAGAGCUAUUACAAACAACGAAGAACAAGGGUGUCACAGCCAACACGUUCAGUUUGAUAAACAAGAAUGCAAAGUCUGAGCCUGCGCGGACUGUCUGUCAGUUCCAAAUCCAAGACUGGCCGUCGGAUCAGGAGGUUCCCAGCUCUCGACAAGGAAUACUCACCCUUAUGGAGCUGACUCAAAAAUGGCACGAGGAAAGACCACCCAUCGUGGUUCACUGCAUUGAUGGAUUGGGUCGUACGGCAGUUUACUGCACCUUGAUGUCCAUGAUGGAACAGUUUCAAGAGGAAAAGCUUGUUGACGUGUUUCAAGCCGUUCAGCGGUUACGUGUAGUGCAUCGCAGUAUGAUGUACUCCCUAGAUCACUAUGCGAUGUGCUACGAUGUAUUCCAGGCUAACUUGGACUCGUCCAUUGUCUACGAAAACCUGUAGAACAAAAAUCGGUACAUAUAUACUUUUGUAUAAGUUCCAAUGCCCGUCAGGUAUUCGAUGAUUGGACCUCUAUGAUACAUUUUGAUGUUUUCCAUCGCUGGUCAGGUUUGUCCGGAGGGAUUCGGGUGAAACAUUCCAAAGAAAUGACCACCCUCAAGACCAAAGACCUUUUGAAGACAGGGUGGUGGUUGUACCAUUGUAUAACGAAGGGGUUGUAUAAUUUUCCCUAUCUGAACUAUAUAUGUUUGUAGCUGCCUUUAUUUAAUUCAAUACGGCAGAAUUGAGGUUUAUUUUUUUAUGAGACAACGGGCAGCUUUCUGCGGGUUUUUCUUUAAUAGUUGAUGUCGAUGGCUUUGGCAUAGGAUCGUCGUGCAGACGGAUGGUGUUUUGAUGAUCAUGUUUGUUUUUGUGUUUUUGUAUUGUAAAAGUGUUUUUAUACUCAAGAAAUAUAUUAAAACUUUCUGGAAUUAUUCCAAAGAAUUUCUACGGUAAACGUUUUAACAAAUAAACAAAUUUGUUUUUUACGCAAAUAUUAUAUUUAAAGAACUUUAUAUACAGAUUUUCGAUGUCUAAAAUAUGCCUUACCAAAACGCGUAGAUUAUUUUGAUGUAUUAAAAUAUGUUUUCGUACUUGAACCAUCUUCAUUAACUAAAUGUAGGCGUUAUAAUUCUACACUCUAAAAUUCCUCUUCCUCUCUCAAAGCAUUUAAAAUGUGAGUAUUUCCUAGUGAAUGUUUACACAGAACUCCUUAUAGAGAAUUCAAUUUUGAUUGAUUAUUAAAUUCCGAUAAAUGUAUAAU